AUGGAUAAACUCAAAAGAAUCAAACUUAUUGUCAUGCUUAUUUUACUAUUACCAAUCUUAUUACUUUGUCACGCUGACAGUGAUGCACAGAAAUACACUAUUUACAGCAAUAUUCUUAGUCAAGACAUAGAAUAUUCUGUAUACAAACCUGAUGGAUAUUCAGAUGAAAUUAAAUAUCCAAUAGUAUAUUUACUCCAUGGAAUGGAUGGUGAUUGUCAGAGUUUUUAUCAAUGUGGUAUGAAAGAAAUUCUUGACGAAUAUAUUAAAAAUAAAACAAUUCGACCAACAUUAUUUGUUACACCAAACGCAUUUAAUUCAUUCUAUGUUGAUAAAUAUGAUGGUACUUUUAAUUAUGAAAAAUUCUUCUUUGAAGAAUUUAUUCCAACUGUUGAAAAUUUAUUUUCUGUUGAUACCAACCAAUCAAAUAGAGCUAUUGCAGGUAUAUCAAUGGGUGGUUAUGGUGCUGCUCUUUAUUCUUUAAAACACAAAAAAUUAUUUUCUGCUUGUUCUCCAAUGAGUCCAGCUUUAUUACCAGAAAAUACCUUAGAAUUAUUAGGAGAUGAUAAUGACAUUAAAAAACUUCUUUUAUCAGUUUUUGGUAAUGAAGAGUAUUUUAAACAAAAUAAUUUUAAUGUUAUUGUAAAAUCAUCAUCUAAAGGUACAUUCACUAUGCCAUAUCGUGUUUGUAUUGGUAAACAAGAUUACUUGUAUCAAUUUGUUAUUCCUUCAAAAACAAUUAUGGAAAAUGCUGAAAUGAAUAAUUAUUGGUACACAGGAGAUGGAAGUCAUGAUGUUGACUUCUGGAAGAGUCAAAUUCCUGACACACUCAAAUUUCUUGAUCAAAAAGUUUUAGAUAACACAGACAGUAGUGGUACCAUUGAUAAUGGUAUUAUUUCUUUGAUUUCGGUAAUGUCUUUAAUUCUCUUUUUGAUAAUUUAA